AAACAAAAUUCUCAUGUAAGUUUCAUUCUUGGGAAAACCUGAAUUCAAAUACCCAAUGACACCAGUUCCAAUAAUACUAAAGUAUGUACAGUUUCCUGCUGUUUCAUUCAAUGCAUUCAUUCCUAAUGCACUUUUUUUGGUGUGUGAAACUUGGUUAAUCAUUAAAUAGGUCAGAGAGUAAGAACCACCUGAGAUUCUCAACCAAUUACUUUCUUGCUAUUUCUUCUUGUAAUCACGGCUAAGAGUACAUAGGGUAGGGUUGUUUUGCUUCCUUUUGUGUAAUAGUUAAGUUCUAUGUAAUUUAAAAAAGCUUAUUAUUCCCAAGUACCAGUUCCAUGAUUUUGAAAGUUAGAAUCGCUUUAGCUUUGUCCACCAGGGACAAGUUAUGGUUUUGGUCAGUGAGCUGGCUACCAGCAUAUAACCCUGUAUUUAUGAUAUCAGAACCAAGUGAAGAUUUCAAACAAUUAUCUUGGCAGUCAGGCUGCCAGGUCUGCUGGCUGCUGUGUUUACAGCAAAGCAAGCCGACACUGAGACAGCUACCAACAACCUGCUAAGUACAUAAUGGCCCCGAUUGCUUUCUAUUCUCAGCACCAGAAUCACUUACUGGUGUAAGUUGGGUGUUUAAGGGUGAGUAUUAACUCAUGGGUCACCAGGGAAACAUUUAAUGAAUAACUAGAGGCCUAGGUGAUUCUGUAUUCUCCUAAAUGUCCCGCUUCAUUCUUUUUUCUUCUUUCUCUUGUUCUCAUCUCUCUCUUACUCUUUGUCUCUCUCUGUCUCUCUGUCUGUCUGUCUGUCUCUGUCUCUAUCUCUCUCCCUCUCUUUCUGUCUCUCUUCACUGGUGCAGUUCUCUGAAGGUCACUGUGGGUGGAUUCAAAUAUUUAAUGUUCUUUCUUAGGAGACGGAGCUGUUAGAUCUCAGUCUCGUCAAAGAUGCCAGGUGUGGGAAACAUGCCAAAGCUCCCAAGGACCCCAAAUUACGUGAGCUUCUAGAUGUGGGGAACAUCGGGCGCCUGGAGCAUCGCAUGAUAACGGUGGUGUAUGGGCCUGACCUUGUGAACAUCUCCCACUUGAAUCUCGUGGCUUUCCAUGAAGAAGUAGCCAAGGAAUGGACAAAUGAGGUUUUCAGUUUGGCAACCAACCUGCUGGCCCAAAACAUGUCCAGGGAUGCAUUUCUGGAAAAAGCAUAUACAAAACUAAAGUUGCAAGUCACUCCAGAAGGGCGGAUUCCUCUCAAAAACAUAUAUCGCUUAUUCUCUGCAGACCGCAAGCGAGUUGAAACUGCAUUAGAGGCUUGUAGUCUUCCAUCUUCACGGAAUGAUUCAAUACCUCAAGAAGAUUUCACUCCAGAUGUAUACAGAGUUUUCCUAAACAAUCUUUGCCCCCGACCUGAAAUUGAUAACAUCUUUUCUGAAUUUGGUGCCAAAAGCAAACCAUACCUUACUGUUGACCAGAUGAUGGAUUUUAUCAAUCUUAAGCAGCGAGAUCCUCGGCUAAAUGAAAUACUCUACCCACCUCUGAAACAAGAGCAAGUCCAAGUGUUGAUUGAAAAGUAUGAACCUAAUGAUAGCCUCGCCAAAAAAGGACAGAUAUCAGUGGAUGGGUUUAUGCGCUACCUGAGUGGAGAAGAAAACGGAGUUGUUUCACCUGAGAAACUGGAUUUGAAUGAAGAUAUGUCUCAGCCCCUGUCUCACUAUUUCAUUAAUUCCUCACACAACACCUACCUCACAGCUGGCCAGCUGGCUGGAAACUCUUCUGUGGAGAUGUAUCGCCAAGUGCUUCUGUCUGGUUGUCGCUGUGUGGAGCUUGACUGUUGGAAAGGAAGGACUGCAGAAGAAGAACCUGUCAUCACCCACGGGUUCACCAUGACAACUGAGAUAUCCUUCAAGGAAGUGAUCGAAGCUAUUGCUGAGUGUGCAUUUAAGACUUCACCUUUUCCCAUUCUCCUUUCAUUUGAGAACCAUGUGGAUUCCCCAAAGCAGCAAGCCAAGAUGGCAGAAUAUUGCCGACUGAUCUUUGGGGAUGCUCUUCUCAUGGAGCCACUGGAAAAAUACCCACUGGAAUCUGGAGUUCCUCUCCCAAGCCCAAUGGAUUUAAUGUACAAAAUCUUGGUAAAAAACAAGAAAAAAUCUCAUAAGUCAUCAGAAGGCAGUGGCAAGAAGAAGCUGUCUGAGCAGGCCUCCAACACGUGCAGUGAUUCCUCCAGCGUGUUUGAGCCUUCAUCUCCAGGAGCCGGGGAAGCUGAUACUGAGAGUGACGAUGACGAUGAUGAUGAUGAUUGUAAAAAGUCCUCCAUGGAUGAGGGUACUGCUGGGAGCGAGGCCAUGGCCACCGAGGAGAUGUCCAAUCUGGUGAAUUAUAUUCAGCCAGUCAAGUUUGAGUCCUUUGAAAUUUCAAAAAAAAGAAAUAAAAGCUUUGAAAUGUCUUCCUUCGUGGAAACCAAAGGCUUAGAACAGCUAACCAAGUCUCCAGUGGAAUUUGUCGAAUAUAACAAAAUGCAGCUCAGCAGGAUAUACCCAAAAGGAACACGCGUGGAUUCUUCCAACUACAUGCCUCAGCUCUUCUGGAACGCAGGCUGUCAGAUGGUUGCUCUGAAUUUCCAGACCGUGGACCUGGCUAUGCAGAUAAACAUGGGCAUGUACGAGUACAAUGGAAAGAGCGGCUACAGACUGAAGCCAGAGUUCAUGAGGAGACCGGACAAGCACUUUGACCCAUUCACAGAAGGCAUCGUCGAUGGGAUAGUAGCCAACACUUUGUCAGUCAAGAUUAUUUCAGGUCAGUUCCUUUCUGAUAAGAAAGUUGGGACAUACGUGGAAGUAGAUAUGUUUGGUUUGCCUGUGGACACAAGAAGAAAGGCAUUUAAGACCAAGACAUCCCAAGGAAAUGCUGUCAAUCCUGUCUGGGAAGAAGAGCCCAUUGUGUUCAAAAAAGUAGUUCUCCCUUCCCUGGCCUGCUUGAGGAUAGCAGCUUAUGAAGAAGGAGGGAAAUUCAUUGGUCACAGGAUUUUGCCCGUGCAAGCCAUUCGACCAGGCUAUCACUACAUCUGCCUGAGGAAUGAGAGAAACCAGCCUCUGAUGCUGCCUGCUGUCUUUGUCUACAUAGAAGUGAAAGACUAUGUGCCAGACACAUAUGCAGAUGUGAUUGAAGCCCUGUCAAACCCAAUUCGAUAUGUGAACCUUAUGGAGCAGAGAGCGAAACAACUGGCUGCCUUGACACUGGAAGAUGAGGAAGAAGUGAAGAAGGAGGCUGAUCCUGGUGAAACACCAUCAGAGGCCCCAAGUGAAACCAGGACAACACCAGCAGAAAAUGGGGUGAACCACACCACAUCCUUGACACCCAAGCCACCCUCCCAGGCUCUGCACAGCCAACCAGCUCCAGGUUCUGUAAAGGCACCUGCCAAAACAGAAGAUCUUAUUCAGAGUGUCCUAACAGAAGUGGAAGCACAGACUAUUGAAGAGCUAAAACAACAGAAAUCAUUUGUGAAACUUCAAAAGAAGCACUACAAGGAAAUGAAAGACCUGGUGAAGAGACACCACAAGAAAACCACUGACCUGAUCAAAGAACACACUACAAAAUAUAAUGAAAUUCAGAAUGACUACUUGAGGAGAAGGGCUGCUUUGGAAAAGACUGCUAAAAAGGACAGCAAGAAAAAAUCUGAGCCCAGCAGCCCUGACCAUGGCUCCUCUGCCAUAGAACAAGACCUAGCUGCUCUGGACUCAGAAAUGACCCAAAAGUUAAUAGACUUGAAAGACAAACAACAACAACAGCUGCUUAAUCUUCGGCAAGAACAGUAUUAUAGUGAAAAAUACCAAAAGAGGGAACAUAUUAAGUUGCUUAUUCAGAAAUUGACAGAUGUUGCUGAAGAAUGUCAGAAUAAUCAGUUAAAGAAGCUCAAAGAAAUCUGUGAGAAAGAGAAGAAAGAAUUAAAGAAAAAAAUGGAUAAAAAGAGGCAAGAGAAGAUAACCGAAGCUAAAUCUAAAGACAAAAGCCAGAUGGAAGAGGAGAAGACAGAGAUGAUCCGAUCUUAUAUCCAGGAGGUGGUGCAAUAUAUCAAACGGUUAGAAGAAGCACAAAGUAAACGGCAAGAAAAGCUCGUGGAAAAACACAAAGAGAUUCGACAGCAGAUUCUGGACGAGAAGCCCAAGCUGCAGACAGACUUGGAGCAAGAAUACCAAGACAAGUUCAAAAGACUGCCCCUGGAGAUUUUGGAGUUUGUACAGGAAGCUAUGAAAGGAAAAAUCAGUGAAGAUAGCAAUCACGGCUCCGCCCCUGCCUCCUUGGCUUCGGACCCUGGAAAAGCCAACCACAAGCCUCCUUCCAAUGAGGAGGUGGAAGGAGAAAACCCAGGAAGAGAGUUUGAUACUCCUCUGUGAUUGUUCCCGCCCAGGCCUUCAGGAUAUGCAUGGCCACUCAAGCUCCAUUAGACUCUCUCUUACUAGAAAGAUCACUGCCUAGGAUCCUCUUCCUGAGAAGCAUCCCUUAGCCCGAAAUCCUCAUCAAGGGAAAGCUAUCCUGGCUCCCUGCGCCAUGUGGCAACUACUGCAGUGAAGAAUGCACGUAUGUGGGAUUUUUGUUUUGUUUUGUUUUCUUUCUUUCCAAUAAUAAAUUCAAAGCAGGCAACUCCCAGGCUCCACAGAACACUUAAUGAAGGACAGUGUCUCUUCUCUCUCAAGAAAUUUUGAACUCAUGUUUUGUUUUUUGUGUUUUUUUUUUUUGAAGCUCUGUUGUAAAGUAUUUCAAAGUAAUAGAAAUAGGUUGAGAAAUGCAUAGCACUAUUUAACACUAUCGAUCAUCCAACUUUAAGCUUUUCUUUUGUUUUUCUAACAGCCCCUCCACUCUGUAUUUUUCAGUGACUAUGAAUAUUUCAUCUUUUACUUUGCAAGCACUGGUGGCUUGCAUUUUGCUAAUUUAUUUAUCGAUUCUAGAAGCAUCUGUGUAUUUGUUGUUGAUAUGGCUUUGUCAGCUCCCAUAGUGACCCAGUAAGCUGGUUUCCUUUUUUAAAUAAAGAAAAGAAUAACUUGAUUAUGUCCUUGCCUCCGGGAAGCCAUCCCAAGACUUAGCAAUAUGGAUUGUAUGUCUGGUUGCAUGAGCAAGUUGGCUGCAUGCUUUCAGGUACAAUCUGAAUUGACUACUUGCAUUCAAAGUCUAGGUAUGCAUUGAUUGUUAGCCAGAAAUGAUCAAAUGGUUACAAAUGAUCCAUUCUGCUGAAUUUUUUUUAAUUCUGAUAUAUAUUAAGCAGAAAUUCAGUCAGAAUGAACAGGUCCUGAUGGUUAUUUUUUGCUGUCAGACAUUUUUAUGGUUCAUUUAUUUUUUAUAUAGAAAAAUUAAAUCAUUAUCUAAACACAAAGACCCAUGUACAAAUGCUGUUUUCUCCAUGUAUAUAGAUAUGCACUUAGCUAUGUAAGUACACACACAAGUGUGUGCACAAAUGUGGAUGUGUGUUUAUUCAUUGGCAAUGACCCCAAAUCUUUUCCACUUGAAACCAAAUCCAGGGACAAACUGAUAGAGAAGAAAAGGAACAAGUAACUACAUCACAUCAAUGUUAAGUGAUAUGAAAAUUGUAAGAGAACAUUGAUGAAUCUCUGUAUGCAAUUUAAAGUAGACUUAAGAUUUAGAAUAUGAAUCUGGUAGAUAUUUUAUGAAAUAAAAAUGAUUUUAAAAUAUUCGAUUUUAAGCUUGUUGCAAUGCUGAGAAUAGACAAAAUGUAUAGGACAGUUAUUUGGAAAUUUAUCACUAUCUUCCAUAGUUUUAAGUCUAACCAAUUUCAAUUGUAUUCUAAGAUUUAAGAACUUUGAUUAUGUAUGUAGUCUGUACAUAUAAUGCACUUAACCAUGUCUUUUUAAGUUCCUAUUUUAAGUGGUAUAAGAGAAGUAAAUUAUGUCAUGAUAAAACUGAUCAAAAUAAUUAUUAAAAUGUCUUAAGAAAGAAUAUAUAACAGUAAUUUAUAGAAUCAUACAAAAAAUUGAUGCUAAAACCCAGAUGCUAGAUGCGCAGUUUUAUUUUCCUUUAAAAUAAACCUGAUUGUAGCCUAGCAAGAAUUUUAAUACUGCAAAUGUAAAAGUUAUGUCCUGAAAGUUGUGUUUCAAGAAUUUAAUAGUUAUAUGGAAAUCAUUUUAUUUAAUGUUAAGCAAUAACUAGGAAUCACAAUUAAGUUUUCAUCAAAAUGGAGGCUUACUUCUAACAUUAGGGAGAAGUGUUUGAUUCAAAAAAAGGAAACCACAUAUAUAGUGAGACACAAGGGGAAAUCACUUCCUCUUUGGAUAUGAUUAUGUUUUGAUCUGAAGGAUUUAGAAUGUUAAUCAGAAACUUAAUAAAACUAAACGUCCACAGAAAGAGAAAUCUUUUAUGCAUCCUUGUACUUUUUGCACUUUGAAAGGAUGGCAUAUAUCAUAAAGAAGAAAGAGUGGUCAAAAUCAAAGGCUACAUUUUUAUAAACAGACUGUCUAAAACUGCGGGAAAAUGAAGGAAAAAUGGUAUUCAGAACCAAACACCAUGGUAAUUAUUACAGAAUAUUGUAUCACAUCUUAGUCCAGACAUAGACUGAGGUUCUAACUGUCUUGGUAUUUGGGUUUCAUUAUCUUAGUAGUUCUAGUCAUUUUCUGACAUGUUUGUAUCUGGCCCAUUUACUGUAAUCACAUUUUUAUAUCUGUACAAUGACACUUUUUGCAGUUGUGAGGUAGUAUGUAACACUGUGUAUCUUGCAUUAUUGAAGCUACUAGAGUGAUACUAUCAUUUAAUAAUAUUAAUAUUACUUGAAAAAAGACAAAGAUAAAGAAAAGGGGGGGUCUAUAUGAUGUGCAGUUUUGUGCCUUUAUGUGUUUGCCUUGUUCUUUGUUGAAUGUGUAAAAUUCUGUACUGUGGAUUUUCUUCUAAUAGAGAGUAGAAUUGUGUAUUAAAUUAGACUGCGUCUCUGACACCUGUACACUACUGAGAACAGCAUGGUUUCAACCAUGUAAAUCUGUUUCCCAAGUUCUAUUGACAUGCCGUGUGUUUUGGGUUCCAGCAUUUCACUGAAACAUUUGAGAACCACCAUACAUUCCUUGCUACUCCUAUAAUAGAUAAGCAGUCAUUAAGUAAUUCUGAAAGAAAGGGCCAUUGCUUGCAUUCCUUUGAAUUUAAUGUUGCGCUUGUGCACUGUAUCAAUAUUGUUUGUGAUGGAUUGGAAAUUGUGACUUUUGCCUUUUAAGAAGAAAAAAGAUAGGAGAAAGUAUUUGAAGCUCUUCAAGUGUACAUAUUCUGGUUCUUCUAUCUCAAAUUAUUUAAAAUGCAUUAUUCACAUUUUUGUAAUAAUUCUAUGCAAUUUUGUGGCAUGAUGUUUCUUCCACUUGUAAUUUUAUGUGCUUUCAUCACAAAUCCAAAGGAAACAAUAAAAAUUUCUUAACACAAACCA